AUGAAGGUCGCGCCUUCCUUUUUCUUGCUGCUCAGUUGCUGCUCAAGUGCACUUGGUGUCGGUGUCUGGACCACCGUGAACGCUGGUGAGCGGCGCUGCGGUCGCGCUGGAAGCCGGCCGGGUCCAGCUACGGAGCCUCCACACCGUUUUGACUGCAAUGCGCCAACCAAAUGCGAUGUAUACAGGUCUAGGAAUGCUAGAGAGUAUACGAAUAUUGAAGGUGUGCAGCAGGACAGUCGGUUAUCGAGCUACGAGCGCCACGGCAAGCUCUUGCGUUGCUCGGGUGUAGGAUUCUAUAAUGGAUUCCUCUUCUCUGACGCCGAAGAAUCGCGCUCUAGAUGCACAUCGCUCUCAGCACGCACCAAAAAGGCUGCUAGUGUAGCUCCGGUGCCAGUGAAGCGUGAUGUGCAGACCAAAGUUGCUCCCGUUCACGAGCUUCGCGAGCGUGUGCUACUCGUGGAUGGUACCGGGCUCGCUUAUCGCUGUUUCUUCGCCCUGCCUACGCUGACAACGUAUAGAGGCACCGAGAUCGGAGCUAUAGUGGGCUUUAUGAACUCGUUGGCCAGGAUAUACAGGUCAUUUGGUCCCAAGUACAUCGGCAUUGCUUUCGAUUCCCCCGGCUCCAAUAGCACGAAGCGCGAGGUGUGGCCGGAAUACAAGGCGAAUCGUCAGGCAAUAAAGACAUCUUUCAAGAAGCAGUUGAUGUGGAUCAAGGAGUUCUGUUCCAUCGUCGGGCUUCCCAUCUUUCUGCGACGCUCUACGGAGGCUGACGACAUCAUAGCCAGCAUGAUUAGUUUCCUGAACGGAAGCGCCGGAAAAGAUGACUCGGAUCCAUCAAGCGAUGAAGAAGUGCAACAAAUGCGGCAGAUCGACUUCCGAGUCCCCAACUCGGCGCCUGGGGGAGUAUUUGACCGCGUGGCCGGCGCAUCUGCCACCCCGCUAGAGCCAAUGGACACUUCCAGUGACAGCGGCCUGGAGAAACGCAGCUUCGAUGUGCAUGUUCUCACUGCCGAUAAGGAUCUACUUCAGGUUCUUCAGUACAACGGCGCUGGCAACGUGAACGUGCGAGUAGUGCAGCCGCACAAGAAGUUCCGGCUGGUUGACGAGACGACCGUUGUUGAGGAGUACGGUAAGUUUCCAUUCAUGCGUUACAUAUCUUGA